GAACCACUCGUACGCGAUCGUCUCCAACGGAGCGCUGUUCCGGGCGCUCGCCCUCUGCUGCCACACCAUUCCGGCCGGGCUGGCCGAUCUCUUCCGGCGUGCCUGCGGUCGACGGCCAGUCUUCGGCAAGAUGGUCUCGAAGACGGCACGAUUCCUGGAAACGAUGUCCUACUUCGGGCUCCGCGAAUGGCAGGCCGCCAACGACAACGUCGUUCGCCUGCGAACGCUGCUCGGCCACGGCGAGGCGCAGCUCCUAGAGUUUGACCUCGCCGCGGUCGACUGGGACGAGUACUUUCGGACGUACAUCCCGGGCAUCCGACGCUACGUCCUCGGCGAGCCGCACGAUGGCUGCCGCUGGAGUGGCCGCUGGAAUCGAAGGUACUCUCGAAUGUGGUACACCGUGGCCCACUCGGAUAUUCUUCCUUUUGCCGCUUCCUCUUCUUCUUCCGCUUUCAGGAUACACUUCUGGUGUCAAUUAUUGUACAAAGCCCUCUGGAUCUACGUUUGCCUGCGGUUCGCCCGACGGGUGCGCCGUACGUACGUGGUGCGUAAUUUAUUUUCGAUCCUGAUUUCCCAGGGACACGUGGCGUGA